GGCAGCGGUUGAGGGACGGAUGCCUCGCCGAGUUCUUGGCGCUGCACGAGUUAUUUUUCGUGGAGUAGUAAAUUCGGGGAGAGAGAGAUUUUGGCGUCGUCUCUGGGAAGAGAGUUGGGGCGUCGUUGGUGAAAGGCUGUCGUGAGCAUGGCCGUUGCAACAGGCACGGAAUGGCAGGAGGCUCGACAAUGGCUCAUCGACGCUGGAGUAAUCGACGGACGUCAUCCUGUGACCAAACCCACAGCGACACUGAUGGAGUUUGCCCAUUGCCUGACCGAUGGAGUCUUCUUGUGCAUGCUACUGAACAAAUUGCAGCCUAACUCUGUUCCGCACUUCCAUCCGAAGGCUAAGCUGCAGUUCAAGUGCGUGCAGAACAUCAACGCGUUCCUUGUCAGUCUACAUCGUGACUUCAAUGUCGGUGUUGAUAACGUGUUCGACUAUGGCGACCUCACUGAUAUGUCUGAUUUUGGCAGGGUUGUGCGAUGUCUUUCAGACUUGUCACAUUCACGCCAGGCCAUAUCCUGCGGCUUCACGCCAUUCCCAUCUGCACCAGCCGACGGCAGUUAUACGGAAGAGGACAUUUAUGGCAACUUGGAGAACAUGAUGACACACCGUAAUGCAAAUGCCUACGCAGCACACCGACCCCCACUACCACCGACCGGUGCACCGGAGCUGCAGGAAGAAGAGUCGAUCUACGAUAGCAUCCAGCAGACCGAGGACGAGGAGGAUAUUUAUGGGUCUCUUGUCUCGUAUGCCGGCAAAGGCAAGACGCAGGAAGGCUCUGGUUUUGGAGGACUGCCCGAGAAGCUUGGCUACGUGGUGGCUGAGGUAGUCGAGACGGAGAAGAAUUAUUUAGAGGCCCUAAGCCUUCUCACUAAGCACUAUCGAGAUUAUCUUAUUGAUCGACUUGACAUAGAGACUUUGAGGAUUAUCUUCAUCAAUAUACCGGAUCUAGUUUCUAUACACCAGAAGUUCUACGACUCUCUUCAGAAGCAGCUGAAGUCAUCUUCCAAGCAAUUCAGCCGCUGCUUCAAUGAGUCGGUCGAUGACUUUGUGCAGUACGCUACGUACUGUGCUGGACUUCCCGAGGCUCAGAUCAAGGUUCAAGAGCUUAUGGACAAGCCCGCAACCAACCAAAUGCUCGAACACUGCAAGAAGAGCUCCAAGCAGAAGUUCUAUCUGAAGGAGUUGCUCAGCGUGCCCAUGCAGCGUGUCCUCAAGUACCCGCUGCUACUCCGAGAGUUGAUCAAGCAAGCCAAGAAGUGUGACUGGCAUGAUGUCUUGCAGCUCGAGAUGGCAGCUGAAGGGAUACAGGAUGUCGCUAAGUGUGUGAACGAAGUGAAACGUGACUCGGAGCGAAUGAGCAUCACCAAGGAUGUCAAGAAUGGUCUUGUUGAGUACAAGGGCGAGGACAUUGCCAACUUCGGGCGGUCUCUCUUCGACGGGGACAUCAAGGUGAAGCAGAUCGAGGAUGCCAAGUCCAAGCAGAGCUCGGCCAAACCUCGGUAUGGGUUUCUGUUUGACCGGGCUCUUUUGGUCUGCCGACCGAAGAAUGAAAAGUUCAUCGUGAAGACGGUUAUGAAACUUGAAGAUUAUCGAGUGGAAGAUAUGCCUGCUCCUCCAGGCAAGGCUAAGUUCACAUCCGGGUUUCAGCUGCAUGGCUGCAACGCAUCUGCGCCUGGCAACUGUGUCAUCUUUGCCAAGACAUUGCCGGACAAACAGGAGUGGCUGCAGCUUGUGCAGAAGGCCAUAAUGAACAUUACUCCGCCCCACUCCGAUAAAGGCAAUCACCGAUUUGAGCAGUUCACCACUGACAACAUGACAACGCGUUGUUCAGUGUGCAAGCGACUGCUCUGGGGACGCAUCCUGCAGGGCUACCAGUGCAGCCUAUGCCAGCAGAUGACGGUACAUCAGACUUGCCUUGCCGACGUGUCGGGUACGUGUGCCAGCCGCCGGGCGUCAGCUUCCAUGUCCAUGCCCACCGACACACCUCGUCCUCCGCCGCCAAGACCGGAUCGCAGCGGCGGAUCUCGAACUCUGGCGUGUCGAACGAUUCGGGGGUAUACCGGUCAUCCAGCACCACCGCCUGGACAGGUUCCAUUGAGAUUCGGUAUUGGCGAGGACGUCAACGUGACUUCGAACAGUGGCGAGUGGUGGGAGGGCACCUUGCUGAAGGGCGGUGGUCAUGGCGUGUUUCCCUCGUCCUAUGUCAAGCUCAAAGAAGCAGUGCCCCGAAGAACACAUGUGCCAGCUCCGUACGAAGAGACGGUUAUCUCUGGUUCUGGUUUGGCGGCUGCUGGCCCUCCUCCUGCUAGCUCCAUCACCAGGCUACCGUCGAUCAACCGAGGUCCACCGCCACCGGCGCAGCGGCGAAGUAUCCUCCAGGGAUAUACAUGGUUUGUUGGUAAGAUGUCGCGAGCGGAGGCAGAGCUGCACUUGCUGCACUCAGCCGACGGCGUGUACUUGAUCCGAGAAAGCGAAGCUCAUCCCGGCGACUAUGCUUUGUCAAUCAAAUUCGAGCAGCCAAAGCACAUCCGGGUUAACCAGCGAGAUGGUGCCUACUACUUGUCUUUAACAAAGACGUUUCCGUCCAUGAUGGGCCUGAUUGAGUACUAUCAGAAUUUCUCGCUUGCCGCCAGCUUCCCGGGUCUGGACACCCAGCUACUCAUCCCAUUCAACGACACUACAUCAGUAUGCGUCGCCAACUACAACUUCAACAGGCGCAACGAGGAGGAGUUAACGAUAGAGGAGCACCAGGAAGUGAAGAUUUUCAGCAAAGAAACUCCAAAGGCAAAGUGGUGGUACGGCUAUACUGAAAUGCACAACGCGUAUGGUUUAUUCCCGUCCAACUAUGUGACUGAGUUUGGCCAUCAGUGACACCUAUCACGUUUGUCUUUGAGUCGUUCACUCCUCAUGCCGCCCUCCGUGAAGAUUGCCCUUUGCUACGUCAUGUGUGAAGUUCCCAGUAGCUAGCGAUGGACUCGUGCAGCAAGAUCCAGUUCCAAGGUAGAUUUGAGGCUACCGCGCCAGCCUGUGCGGUUAUCUAUGCGUUUGCGUUUGCCUCUUCUGGUUUCUCCCGUAUCCGCAACAUUGUGUCAUUCCUUUGACUGCGUUUGUUGGAGUCUUAGAAGUGUUGUCCUCUAUUUGAUUUUCAAUUCUGCCAUGAACAAUUUUUCCUUGUUUUUUUUUAAUAUUUUAACAAAUACGUCGUGGAGAUUCUGGCUAGCUAGCUCCGUAGGGUUCCUGUCAUGCACAGUACGUAUGCAGCUUGUUCAGCUUAACCUAGUAGUCCUGUACAUCAUUUGUUUAUCCUCGUGGGGCACUGUGAAUUGCCUUGGUGCAUCCGUGCUGUGCCAGUUCCCCAUCGAUGUAUUUCCUUUUGAUUUGAGACGCGCCCGACUAUCAUUCUUUGCUACUAUCUCCCCUUUUUUUUAUGAGAAGAAUUUUUUAUCGUGACACUUGUGUUUCGACACCUUUUCCGCUCCUUGGCAUGCAUUUUAAUCAGAUCCUUUACUGCGCGGCUUCUAGCUCUUUUUAAAGAAUCAAAUUUUGUGAUAUUUUUGUUUGCUAGGCCGUUGUUCACCUGUUUAAAUCAUGCGUCACACCGUUUCUACUGCUUGUAUAAAGGCUAAAACCUUGUUAGUGUAGUGCUUAUAUUUCAUUGGCAGUCGCUUCUCUGCUGUCAGCCCAACCAAAAAACCCAGAUUCCUCAGAUGUGCAUUUCCACUCAAACCACAUCAGUUUUUUUCAGGUUUUGUUUCGUAGUGUGCAUAUACUUUUUUCGUUUGGCACUCCCGAAAGCUGGCUUUCCUUUGCCGAGCGCUCUUUCUCUCUCUCUCUCUCAGUUUGACUGUGCCGGUCCAUGUAAAUAUUCUUAUUUUUCGUUUUCCGGCACCGGCAUUGCCCGCACACUGUCUUCGUCACGUAUCAUUAUUAUUAUUGUCGUUCGCGCCUUUGCGGCCACCCAUA